AUUCAAGCCAUCCCUACUUUUCAAUUAAACGGCGUUUUUGUGCGCGUCGCAUUAGAAGAUAUCAAAAUUGUAUUCAAUAAAAACAACAAAUUCAUCUGAUCCCAGUUUCCAGUUUCAAUCGUUGACAACAAACAUAAUGGAUACGCCGCGUCGCAAACUGCGCAAUCUGCAUAUGGAGAAUGUCCAAAACAAUAGCACACCAAUACAAAUUCCGCCAUCACCAAUGUUGAAAACACUGGGAUUUGGCACCGGUGUCAGUGUAUACCGCUUGGACAGGUCACCAAGGCAUGGACACAUACGUUCACCAUGGGCGGUGAAACGUAUCACACAACGGACACGGGCUAAAAAGGAUACGCUCUUUAAUGACCGCAUCGUACGUGAAGCAGCCAUCUUGCGCAAACUGAAUCAUCCCAAUAUUGUUGGCUUUCGCGGUGUCAUCAAAUCCGCCGAUGGUGUAGACACACUGGCACUGGAAAUGUGCAGCACAGCACUGGGUUCCAUACUGGAAGAGCGACAUGAUGAGGAUCUUGGUCCGUUGCCCGCCAAACACACAUUCAAAAUGAUUAUGGACAUUGCGCAUGCCUUGGACUUUUUGCAUACGGAAGCGCGUCUGCUGCACGGUGAUCUUAAGUCCUUCAAUGUCCUGGUCAAGGGUGAAUUUGAAAUUUGCAAACUUUGCGAUUUUGGUGUCACAUUGCCGCUGGAUGAGAAUGGUGAGAUCAACUUUCACAAGCAUCCUCAUCUACAAUAUGUGGGUACAACACUUUGGUCACCGCCCGAAAUCAUUGAUGAGGUGGAGAUAAUUGAUAGCAAAGCGGACAUCUUCAGUUUCGGUUUGAUUAUCUAUGAGACAUUGGCACUUGUGCCGCCACACACGCUCGAACUGGACGCAGCCUUCAGCAGCAAGGCCAAUGACACGGACAGCUCACAGGAGCAGUUGCAACGGAGACAACUCAAUUAUUCCGAAGACAAAUGUAGCGUUUUAUUGACAACUGGCACAGACACUUCUACCACUAUUGAUGAUUGUCUGGAGAAUCCGGAUGAUGAUGCUGAGGGGGAUAAUGACGAGGAAGACAACAUCAAAGAGAAUGACAUGUCCGACUAUUCGUGGGCACACAUUGAACAGGCAUAUGGGACACGUCCUCCAUUGCCGGUGGCAUUUCAGCUCAGCGAUGAUUACAAUUGCAUUGUGGAGCUAUUCUAUUUGUGCACCAAUGCUCACAGUGAGGAUCGACCUGCUGCACGCACCAUUUGGCAGUGCUUCGAGAAUAAUGCCGCCAAUGUUGGCAAUGCAUCUGAUUAAAUUUCUAAGCUAUAACUAUCAUACAAAUAAUUUAGUUUUGUACGUAACGAUCAGCUCUCUUCACUAUCUCUGUCAUUAUCUCACUCUGUCUCUUGUCUCUCUGUGUACCUAAAUUCGCUGUAAAAAUUUAAAAUUGCCAAAUGAUCGAAACACAAACAAAACAAUGCUAAAUACAAAUGUGCACAUUCAAUAAUUAUAUUCAAAUUGAAUUUGUAUUAAAUAAUUUCAUUUAGAUGUAAGCUUUAAAAGUAUUUUCAUGUAUUCCACGUAUAUAUACAUAUACUUGUAUGAUAUAGAUAAUUGUAAUUCUCAAGUGUUUGUUCAUUUUGUAUGUUCAUUAUUUCUAAAAUAAAGAAAUUAGCAAAAACAUGAGUACUUCAU